GUAGUUGAAGAAAAAGUGAUUGAGUUAUGUGGUGUGAUUAACAAGAAAUGAAUAAUAUUAAUCUGUGUUUAUCAACAACAAAAAAAAUAUCUAUAUAGCGAGAGAAGGCAUAUAAUACAUAAUAUAGGAGAGAGAGAAUGUAGUGCUAUACCAAUCGCCCAAAUAUAAAACUCUCCAACUCUGUGGUGAUUAUUUUAGUCUUCCGUCGAAUGUCGCUGAAUUAAGUUUGUUUUACUUUGUGUACGCGGCGCAAUUUCAACGUGGUGCCUUUUUUUUUAAAUUGAUUAGCACUUUGAUUGAUCACAUUGAGCCUAGUGGUGUUGCAUUUUCGCAAGCGCGAGGUGUGAUUAAACUUUGAACAUCGGUGGUGGUACAAACGUCCGGCGUGGAAAACUUUUUGGGUGCGAGAAAAGCUUUUUCGGGGGGAAUUUAAGUGUGUUGUGUGGGCCACAAUCGAUCGAUAUUUUGUCGUUUCAUUUGGAAGUUUCAAGGAGAAAAUUAAUCAAUUGGAAGAAUGGAACGAAGGGACGACGAUAGGAAUUUGGACGAAUACAAAAAUGGGAAUAAUUGCAAGAAUGGCACAGACAGGGUGGUGGAUGAUGGGGACAAUGAGGAGACAAAUGGAGAAAGCAUAUAUAGAUACUCCGAUGGGUCUGUUCGCCUAAGGAAUCCCAAUAUUGAGUUGAUGGACCAGGACAUUCUCUAUCAUUUGGCACUCGGAAGUGGUAGUCAUGACCUUCAGGAAAUGUUUGGUGAUGUCAAGUUUGUUUGCAUGGGUGGCACACCGAAGCGCAUGGAGAAUUUUGCCCACUUCAUAAUGAGUGAGAUUGGCUAUAAAUUGCCCCCGGGGACCCAAUUGCAGGACAUCAGUGCAUUCUCCUAUCGGUAUUCAAUGUACAAAGUUGGUCCUGUACUGUCCGUGAGUCACGGCAUGGGCGUCCCGUCGAUUGGAAUCCUCCUCCAUGAGAUUAUCAAGCUCAUGUAUCAUGCCAAGUGCAAGGAUCCCAUCUUUAUACGUAUUGGAACAUGUGGGGGGAUUGGUGUUGAAGGGGGAACUGUUAUUAUCACUGAUGAUGCUGUCGAUGGGCUAUUACGGAGUACAUAUGAGAUGACAAUUCUGGGGAAGAUUGUUCAGCGUCCGGCAAAGUUGGAUGCAAAACUUGUGCGGGAUCUCAAGUCCCUUCAUGACCUCGAGGAUCCCUAUGAGACAGUUGUGGGCAAGACAAUGUGCACGUAUGAUUUCUACGAGGGUCAAGGGCGCCUCGAUGGUGCAUUCUGUGAUUUUACCGAAAACGAAAAGAUGGAGUAUUUGGAGAAAUUGCGUGACUUUGGUGUCGUAAAUAUAGAAAUGGAGUGCACAACAUUUGCAGCUCUGACUCAUCAUGCUGGUAUCCGGGCGGCAAUUGUCUGUGUUGCACUCUUGGAUCGACUUAAGGGAGAUCAAGUAAACACACCAAAGGAAGUGAUGAAUGAAUGGCAGAUUAGACCGCAAAUUCUCGUUUCGCGUUUCAUUCGGAAACAUCUGGCACAGCAGGGAAAAUUGAAGUCCCUCAUGCAGCAACACGGUUCAAUACGAUCCCCAAGGCGCUUUAAGCUUGUCCAGCAGGAAUCUGAGGCACAUGAGUAAGCUUACCACCACUAUUUAUGUAUGUUACCACACAGGGUGAAGACAGAACGUGUGUUUGCGUGGGAGUAAUGAGUGGUAAGAAGAGAAAAUUGGAGCACGGCUUUUAUUGAUUUUCUUUCCCUCAAAAGGAAGGAAUAAAAAUGUUUCGGGGAGUUUGGAAAAGGAAUUUUUGAAUUUCAUUCCACUCCUUUGUUUCCCCCCCAAAAAAAAGACGCAUCAUUCCAAAAGAAAAUUUUUGCUGUAUGUAUACCUUUUUGCCGAAGAAAACCCUCUAAAGCAUUAUUGGGUUGUUUGCUAAACUGCCUAUAUUAAAAAAAAAAAAGAAAUGUUAUAUUAAAAAAUUCUGAAUUUGCAAAAGAGGCGUAAUGACAGGAAGAUAUAUAAAAACAGAUUUAAUUUAACUAUAUAUAGUGAAUAUAUAAUACGAAACUAUCGUCGGCCAUUAAAUGCAGACAAUAUCUUUACGCAAACUUCGAGUGAAAUAUGAUGGGAAGGAAGGAAGGAUUACGAAGGAAAAAUAAAUGGCUCUAAAAGCAUAAUGAAGAGAUUUAUUUUCAUCUCUCUCUCUCUGCUGAACUUUAUAAGAUAAAUUGGCACACAGUUAAAAACGGUUAAACCACCAUAACAAACAACGAUAGAAGAUGCUUUUACCUUUAAAUGAAACAUUAAAAAAAAGAAGAGAAUAAACUGAUAAUUCGUGAGAUUUUUAACAAACAAAAAAUACUGUUUUAAAUGUUGUUUGUUGUUGUCGUUAUUAACUCAGAAAAAUGAGAUUAAAAGAAAAACAUAUUGAUUAUUAUGAUCCACUCAUGUUGCAUGUAAAUGGCAAAAUAUUCCUGUUGCAAUGACUAAAAGGACAUGACACAGAGCCGUGGUGAACAAAUUAAAAAAAAAAAUAUUGAAUGAUGUUAAUGUUUGCAGAAAGAAAAAUCAAUUAGUUAGAGAGAAUUAUUGAUUAUAUUGUUGGUAUAAAAUAUUAAUGAUAAAAAAGGAAAGAUUUUGCAUGCGAAUUGUGUGCAAAUUUUUUAGCCAUAAAAAGAGUUUUAUAUUUUUCUUUUUUGAUUUUUUUUACACACACUCAGGACUCAUUUCUAUCAAUUAAAUUGAGUUUUAUGGAAGAAUAUAAUAAUCAUUUUCGUGUACAUAUCAAAAAAUUGACUUUGUAUUCUUAAAAGAAAAUUUGGAAAAAAAAUAUUUCUAAUGUAUUAAAUGAGUUUUUUUUAAAAAGGUUUUAUCUUUCAAGUAGAAAAAGAAUUUGAAUAGAUUUCCAAUUCUUGAGAUAUUUAAAUAAAUUAUAUACCUGUAGUAAUUUACAAAACUUUUUAAUUGCUUUAAGCUUGUAUGCGGUGAUAUCAAUUUGAUUAGAGGGAAAUUAUUUGUAUUGUUUGUGGAAAACUUUGAGCUUUUGACAAGCUUUCCAUUUGACCUCAACCUAAUUAUCUUGCUGAUUUAUUGCACCGCCCGUGUGUAUUUGAUGAAUAAAUUCGGUCAGAAACUCGAGACAGAUAACAAAAUUAUAUCUCUGUGAAAAUAGGAUAUUUAACAUACGAUCUGACGUUUAUGCGUUGUAAUUUGAUUUUUUUAGGAUAUUUAACAAUGAAUUGGUUUGUUUGGAACGUUAAGAACAAUUUGAGUGAAUAAAAUUAAAAUUUCAAAGCACUGCCCUAUGAAAAUCCAAGAAAAUUUACACUUGAGACGUUAUUUUAACGUUGAACAGCUUUUAACGUUGAAUCAUUUGUAAAAUCUCAGAGAAAAACUUAAAAGCUCUUGAAGAAAGCCUCUUUCUGUAAAAAGAAAUCAAGAAUAGUUAAUUUUCUGAGUGUUUUAUGAGGUUGUUUUUGACUAUACGAGAUGGGGCUGUAUUCUGCGAGUUCUUACUGUAAAAAUUAAACUCUUUUAUAGAGAAAAUUUAAUUUUUUUAAAUUAUUUUUUGUUCUAAAUUACUUUUUAAAAAAAAUAUAUCUAUGUCUUAUAAUCAAUUCUGUAAUCAAUCAAAGCUUAUCAAAUUGAUAUAAUCAAUACAAGCUAAUAAAAAAACAAUUCUAAAUAUUUUUUUAUCUAUCAAAUUGAGAUUUAUUAAUUUCUAAAAAUAGAUUUAAUGUUUUUUUUCACAUUGUUAAAUACUUGAUAGUGAAUUUCUCUGAAAUUUAUGGGAUUUAGCGUAUUUGGGAUAUGAUCAACAUUUUACCAAAUUGAUAAAAUUGUAGAUAAAUUAAAUUAAAUUGCUGGAAGGCGCCCUCGAAAGUACAUUGAUAGGGGCAUAAAUUGAAUUAUAUAAAAUUAUAAAUUAUUUGUUAUUUGUAAAGGCUUAUUAUAAUAAAUUUUUCCCUUAAAUUCUCGUAUCAAUAUGUUUAAAAAGAAAAAAAGAAGAACGGAAAUAUAUUUAAGGAAUGUUUCAAUACAUAUUAGUUGAAUAUAUAGAUAAAACACACACACUCACAAAUAAGGAACAUUUCGUGGUUGAUUAAUAUACAAUUACAUAUAAUAUAGGAAUGGUUGAUUUUAUUGUUGGUAAAACUUCUUAUUACAUAAAUACCCAUAUAAAUUAUAUACAUAUAUAUUCUGUGUAAAAGACAUUAUGUAUAAACAUUUUGUUUUUCAUAAAAAGAACAAGGAUAGUUAUGGAUUACAAAGCUGGAAAACCACA